CAUCACGUGUGAGAGUCCCACAUUGAUAAAAGAGAAGAGAGUUAAACACUUAAUAAGGCCAAGGGGCUACUCCCCUUAUUGCCAUAUGGUUUUAAGGUGGAACCUCCUACGGUCUUGUUAAGUGGACUUUCUCUCUUGGUGACGGGCGUGGCCCAGGCCCGUAUUUAACAUGGUAUCAGAGCCGGGCCCACGACUUGGGCCUAUUAGGGCUUAUAUAUUGUAUACUUUGUAUUUGGGCUUUAAUAGGCUGAACUUGUAUUUAUUAUAUUAGGUGUAGAACAAGCCCGUAGCUAAUGUGGUAGUAUAUAAUGCCAAUUCAUAUGCAAUACAUACUCAAGGAAAUUCAUAACCCUAACAAACUUGUCAUGGUAUCGGAGCUAGCAACCUAGCAAACCCUAUCAUCUCAAAAAUAUAAAUUUUCUUCGUUUACAUUUUAUUUUUCUAUUUCUCUCGCCAUUUAAAACAGAAUUUGAGGCUUCCCUGCAUUGCUUGCUCUCAAUUUCUCAUGGACGGCGACGGCAAAAUCGAUCCGGCAUCUCCGUAUUACCUAAGUUCUGGAGAUCAACCGGGGAUUGUUAUCACUGAUGUAUUGUUACGAGGUGGGAACAAUUAUAUGGCGUGGGCUAGGGCUAUGCAACUCUCGCUACAAUCGCGUCGAAAAUUUGUGUUUGUUAAUGGGACAAUCACACAACCUACGGAGAAGGAGAAGCAACUCGAUUGGGUCACGGUAAAUUCUAUGCUUGUCUCUUGGAUGUUGAGGAGUAUGGAGCCUAAGAUUGCUUCUUCGAUUCCCUAUCAUGAUAAUGCUAAGAAGUUAUGGGAUUUCUUGGCCAAGAAAUAUUGCAUUGCAAAUGGCCCUAGACUACAGCAGCUACGCAGUGAGAUAACGACGUGCAAGCAGGCGAAGGGCAUGUCAAUGGAGGACUACUAUGCCACACUUAUCGGCCUGUACGAUGAGUUGGUUCAAUUGAAACCAUUAAGCACCUGUGACUGCGGUAAUUGUACGUGUAACAUGGCUGGAAAGGUAGUAGAAGAUAGAGAUGAAGAGAUAUUUCAUCAAUUUUUAAUUGGGGUUGAUGAUGAACUUUACGCUACUGUAAAGUUAUGGGAUUUCUUGGCCAAGAAAUAUUGCAUUGCAAAUGGCCCUAGACUACAGCAGCUACGCAGUGAGAUAACGACGUGCAAGCAGGCGAAGGGCAUGUCAAUGGAGGACUACUACACCACACUUAUGGGCCUGUACGAUGAGUUGGUUCAAUUCAAACCAUUAAGUACCUGUGAGUGCGGUAAUUGUACGUGUAACAUGGCUGGAAAGGUAGUAGAAGAUAGAGAUGGAAAGAUAUUUCAUCAAUUUUUAAUUGGGGUUGAUGAUGAACUUUACGCUACUGUACGUACAAAUUUACUUUCUAGAGUACCUAUGCCAUCAUUGGAUGAAGCCUACUUGGCAUUUGUGCAAGAAGAAAAUUCAAGGGGUAUUGCAAAUAUACAAGCAGCGAAGGAUAGUGUCCAAACUCAAUCAAUUUUUGCCAUCCAGGCUGAUCGUCCUAAGGUACGAUUUGAGAAGCCCGAUAAGUCACAAUUGACUUGUACCCAUUGCAAGCGUGAUGGUCAUGAUAAUAGUUCGUGUUUUAAACUCCAUGGGUAUCUGGAGUGGUAUGAGGAAAUGAGGAGUCGUCGUGCUCGGGGAGUCACUACUAAGAGUACAAAUGCACCUAUGACAGCAGCUCAUGGUCGCGGUAUUCCUGCUAGAGCCAAUGCUAUUACUGUAGGUACCGUAGGGGAGAACAAAUCUGCUUGUGCAUCUGGCAACAGCAACACAGGAGCUCCUGUGGUAUACUCCAGAUCAAGUUCAAGCUAUUUUAAAUAUCCUUAAUAACUCCCAUUUGGAUAAAAUGACAGGACCAACUUUCGGGGAGCCUAAUUGGGGCCGGUGAACGGAAAGAUGGACUAUAUUAUUUCCGGGGGAUUCCUACAGUGUGUGCGGUGACAGUUCCUGAAGUAUCUACAUUUGAGCUAUGGCACCGUCGCUUGGGGCACCCGUCUGAUAGAGUUCUCAAGUUAGUUCCUGCAAUUAAGAAUUGUCCUAGUAAUGUUACGAAGAAAUUAAAUAAAGCAUGUGGUAUUUUUCCUCAAGCUAAACAACAUCGUGAUAGCUUUCCUGUUAGCGAUAGCAAGGCUAGUAGAGUGUUUGAAUUAAUACAUUGUGAUUUAUGGGGACGCAAUUCUAUUCCCUCUACAUGUGGUGCACAUUAUUUUUUGACAUUAGUAGAUGAUUUUUCUAGAGCAGUUUGGGUGUAUUUAUUACAUUAAAAAACAGAAGUUUAUAAAGCUUUUCGUUCUUUCUUUGCCAUGAUUGAACGUCAAUUUGAAACUAAUGUCAAAUUUGUUAGGAGUGAUAAUGGUACGGAAUUUAAAUGUAUGCUGGAUUAUUUUGAUGAAAACGGGAUCAUUU